AUGGCCCCCUCGGCAGUCGCCGAGUUUCCUUCCACAACCCACGAUGGCCAAGUCCUUGAGCGCCUGUCAGAUGCCGUCGAUGAUGUAAAUUACAUCAAGUAUGACUCCGAGGCCAAGUUUGACGGUGGCAAGGACAGGACUCAGUUCCGUCAGUACGAAGAAGCUUGCGACCGAGUCAAGAACUUCUAUCGAGAGCAGCACGAGAAGCAGACUGUUGCAUAUAAUCUCGCUGCUCGCAACCGCUUCAACAGCGCUGCCCGCGUUCGGCCCGAAAUGACCGUCUGGCAGGCCAUCGAAAAGCUAAACACUCUGAUGGAUGAGUCCGACCCCGACACCGCCCUCUCUCAGAUUGACCAUCUUCUCCAGUCUGCAGAGGCUAUUCGUCGCGACGGCAAGCCCCGUUGGAUGCAGCUGACCGGUCUGAUCCAUGACCUGGGCAAGGUGAUGCUUUGCUUCCCCGAGCUUGAGACCCAGGGACAGUGGGACGUGGUCGGAGAUACGUUUCCCGUCGGCUGUGCUUUCGACAAGCGCAUCAUUUUGCCCGAGACUUUUGGAGCUAAUCCAGAUACCAAGGAUCCCAUCUACAAAACCAAGUUCGGCAUCUACGCUCCUGGGUGCGGCCUCGACAACAUCAUGCUCAGCUGGGGCCACGAUGAAUAUCUCUACCACGUGGUCCAGGAUCAGUCUACUUUGCCCGAAGAGGCUCUCGCCAUGAUACGCUAUCACUCCUUCUAUCCAUGGCACAGAGAGGGUGCCUACCGUGAGCUCAUGUGCAAGAAGGACCAUGCGAUGCUCAAGGCUGUGCAAGCCUUCAAUCCCUAUGAUCUUUACAGCAAGAGCGACGACGUCCCUUCUGUUGAAGAGCUUAAGCCUUACUACAUGGACUUGAUUGAUGAGUUCUUCCCUCAAAAGAUCAUAAAGUGGUAG